AUGGAGUCAUCCGUUAAGCGGGCCUCCCCAUGGUACAAUGUGCCUUGCGAGCCUGUCGUAAGUAUAGAGCAUCCGUGUAUAGUCCGGAAUAUCGAUAAUGGCAUCAAGUCGUCUGGCGGCGAGGUACAGCUCGACCGUAGGAACAUUUCAAUAUCUCUUCGGCCUGGGGAUCCUUCAGCUAAACCGAUCUCGUCGAGCCAAGUCAAAACUAAGAGCCUUCUGCUCAAAGUCAGCGUGCCGAAACUGACCGGUCGAAAACGAAAACGGGGAUCAUCAGGACCAUUUCUGGAUGAAUUCGAAGUUAAUGGAGGCACAACGCCAAGGGAUGUGGAUGCUGAGCUGCUGCUUCAAUGUAUGCGUGAUAACCCGACAAGUUACAGCGUCGAGCCAGUAGGCCUGAUUACUGAGACCCAUCGAUUCCGCUACCUUCCCGACUUUCAAUAUGCUGCAUCGACGGACCCUUUGAUGGAGAACAUGCGCCAGUCUAUCUUAGCAUUUGACUAUGAGAGUCUCAAGAAUUUCGACAUUAACCUCGAGAAGGGCAUGCGGCCGGCCGUCGAUGUGGGGCCUCCAGCAGUAUUCAGUCCGUUGACGAUUCCAUUCGAUUACGGAUACCGCCAGAACCCGUUCGUCAAAUUUAGUAAAGAUGAUGCCGGCCGCUUGACUGUAACCCAUCUCUAUGGCAGACUGCACCGCACGAUGGUAGGCACUUGCGCCUGGAACCAGACACCGGUACUCUCCGGCCCAUUAAAUCCGCUCGAACCGGAGGCCAAGCUUGAGAAGUCACUCAGCAAGACUCUUCGUGAGCUUCGUGCGAAGGUGACCUCAGAACGACCGAUAUGGACACGUCGUGCGCUGCACAACCAGUUUCCUCGCAAUCAGAGAGAUAAUCUGAAGCUCGUUUACCCAUAUGUGUUCUACUCCUUCAAAGACGGGCCAUGGUCUAACGCCAUGAUUCCGUACGGGCUGGAUCCGAGAUCGGAUCCAAAGUACCGAAUCUAUCAGACGCUGGUCUUCAAGAUCACGGCUAAUCCGGAUGAUCCAUCCAACGCCACGGUGGUCAAGGAUCUGGGUGGCGGCAGGGUCCGGUGGAUCAAUCUUCCUAACGACAAGACAAGCCAUAUCUUCGAUGGCAAAAGAGUCAUACCGGACGGCAAAAUCUGGCAGGUGUGCGACAUCACGGAUCCCUUGGUCCGCCGCCUCCUCGACACCGAUAACCUCCGAACGCAGUGUGAUGCUCAACAUGACGGCUGGUACCACAAUGGAACUUGGGCAAAAGCCAGAAUCUUCAUGAGAGAUAAAGUAAAGACCAUGCUGGAAGGUGGUACACCGGACGACGCGUACUAUGAAAAGUUCAUGAGCUUGCCGGACAUCAUCGACAGGAGCAACAUGAGCGCAGCGUAUUUCAGCCGAAGAGGAAACACUACGACGCACGAGUUUUAUCUGGCCUCUGAGAUACGUACCAGCGCAACAGGCUUCCACUCAACUCAGCAGCGUACCAAGAGAACGCGGCUGCACGAGAACAAAGUCCUGGGGCAUCAUGACGAGGCAGCUCCAGAGACGCCAGAAGCCGCAGCAGCUCGCGGAGAAGGCAGCGCUGAUGUGAUUGGUGGUGCCGCAGAUUCCGAGGAAGACGAAAUAGACGCAACCGAGGAAGGUCCACGCGAAGUGCAGCAAGCCGAGGAGGAAGAUUCAGACGUUGAGAUCGAGGAAAUCCUCGACGACGCACUGGACGGCGACGGCGCUCGCGAGAACAGUACGAAGCGUCCCAAGAAGAAGCACGGGGCCAGGCGGACUGCCGCUGAGGAGGACGCUGAAGAAGACCAGGCUGAGCAGGAUGUGGAUGAUGAGGGAUCUGGGGUAGAUGCUCGUUACCACAGCACAGCCGAUCCUGAUGACGAGCUGCCCGAUGCCUCAGGGGCUGAGAACUCCGUUGGCUUCGAGGACGAAGACAUGGAUGAUUACUAA